AUGGGUGAUUUUGGAGAAGAGAAAGUACUGGGAGGAAUUAAACGACCUGAAAACAGAAUUGGAGCUAAAAACGAUAGAAAUGCACUGAAACAAGCUGUAGGAAACUUCAUGGAAAAAGAAAUGAAUAUCAAUGUUCAAAUCGAAGAAGCUAUCAAACUGGCAGAAAAAACAUGUUUGGUCAAACUACAGAACAAGUUUGAAAAAGAAAAGAUCAUGCAAAAUAAAGCUAAACUAAAAUACAUAAAAGACUAUAAAGUGUAUAUAAAUAAUGACAAUAAUGACAUAACAAAAGAAGAACUACAAACACAGAAAAAAAUAAGACAAGUCGCAAAUGAAGAAAUCAAUAAGGAUUCAGAUGACAGCGAUGGAGAGGGAGGAAUGGGAAAUGUAAGCAGAAUUAUAAUGCGGCCUCCCGGUCAUUCGGGAAAAGCGAAAAAAGGACAUUUAUGUUUUGAUGCAUCCUUUGAAACAGGAAAUUUAGGUCGAGUAGAUCUCAUCAACGAAUAUGAGUAUGACUUGUUUAUAAGACCUGAUACGUGUAGUCCAAAACUGAGAUUCUGGUUCAAUUUUACUGUAGAUAAUGUUAAACAAGAUCAGGCAAGGAAAAAUUUACUGAUGUCUUUUACAUGCCAAAUAAUAACUUUAUAUUUUCAGAGAGUUUUAUUUAAUAUUGUUAAUAUUAGUAAAGAAAGGAAUUUAUUUAUGGAAAAUAUGACACCUUUAGUUAAAUCUUCUACCCGACCACAAUGGCAACGUAUACCAAAGCAGUAUGUAUUUUAUCACAAAUCGGCUCUUCAUCAUGGACACUACGUACUUAGCUUUUCAUUUGGUUUUGAUAAAGAGGAUGACGUCUUCCAAUUCUGUUUGGCUCCACCGUAUAGUUAUACGAAACUUCAAACUUUUUUAAAUAUAUUAGAGAAGAAAGCAGCUUAUCUUACGGAGAAUUUUAAAAGAGAACUUCUGGAAAACACUGUGCAAAAAAGACGCAUGGAUUUGGUAACUAUCGGUUCAUUGGAUAAAAACAAUCCGAAGUCAAAAAGAAGAGUUAUUGCAAUAAUGGCCAGAGUACAUCCAGGAGAAUCGCCAUCAAGUUUUGUGUGCCAGGGUUUAUUGGAACUCUUAAUCAGUUCAAAUUCUGUAGCAACCACUCUAAGGGAACACGUAAUAUUUAAAGUUAUUCCUAUGAUCAACCCUGAUGGGGUUUUUUUGGGCAAUUACAGAAGUACAGUAAUAGGAGCAGACCUCAACCGAUGUUGGAACGUUUCUAAUCAAUGGUGCCAUCCCACCAUAAGAGCUGUGAUUGAUAUGUUAGUGAGAAUAGAUAAAAAUAAGGAAUUCCAGUUAGAUUUUGUUAUAGAUAUACAUGCUCAUUCAAGUCUUAAGGGAUGUUUCGUUUAUGGAAAUAGCUAUGAAGAUGUUUACAGGUAUGAACGUCACAUACUAUUCCCAAAACUUCUAGCCAAUACCCUAGAUGACUAUGUACCUGAAAAUACAAUGUUCAACUCAGAUGUAAAUAAAGUAGGUACCGCAAGGCGAUAUCUUUGUUCUAUUUUAAGCGACAAAGUCAAUUGUUAUACUUUUGAAGUUUCUAUUUAUGGUUAUAAACUGAAAGGAUCCGAAGUUAUAAUUCCAUACACAGAAGAUACUUAUAUGAGAUGUGGUCGCAAUCUAGCGAAAACAUUCCUAGAAUACUACCACAACACCGGAGCUAUUCCAGUUAUGAUGGGUUCAGAGAUAGUUCAAAAAAAGCGUAAACCUAGACUUAAAGACAUACGAAGAAGAAACAAAAAUAGACUUCAACGUCCACUAACAAGUCGAACUCUGGCUGCUCUGCAUUUCAAGAAUUUAAGUAUUUGUGAUUAUGACACAUCCUUCGAUGAAUUAACUUUAAGUCAUAGAAACGCCAGUCCACAGAGAACAUUUGAAAGAUUUACAGAACAUAUUAAUCUGAAAGAGGAGACUCUAAAAGAAGGAAGAUCAUAUACAACUCCACUUUCGGCAACUACAUAUGUGGUUCUACCAGAACCAUCUUUAUCUAUUAUAGAUUUUAAUCUCAUUAUUCGCGAUGACAUUAAAGCGUACAACCAAAGUAAAAUGAAGAAAUAUAAACCUAAUGUAACUUAA